AUGGCGGUGCACGAUAUCUUCUCUAAAGGUGGAGACGUCAAGCGCAUCAUCAUUGGUCUGGAUAAAGUGAAAAAGACAGCCUGUGGAUUCUGCUUUGUAGAAUACUACACUCGGACAGGAGCAGAAAACGCCAUGCGCUUCAUUAACGGCACACGGCUGGACGACCGUAUCAUCAGAACAGACUGGGACGCCGGCUUCAAGGAGGGACGGCAGUACGGCCGCGGCAAGUCUGGAGGACAGGUGAGAGAUGAGUACAGGCAGGACUAUGACCCGGCCAGAGGCGGCUACGGUAAGCUGGCUUCGCAACAUCGAGGCGCGGAGGUUCAGAAUAGUUUUUAACUGAACCCCACUGCAGGUGUCCCCCUCUCAGUUCUGGACCAGAACCACAUCAUGCUACCACAGACAGUUAGUCGCUGUGUAACCAUUACAGCUCUACAGCUGGUCUGCACGGACCACUGGAGCCCGGAGAAUAGCAGCUUUUAUUUAUUUUUUCUCUGUCUUUCAUACCGGCUAACAGUUUACAAGUUAUCGCAAGCCAAACUCCAAACUCACUGUGUUUUUGUUUGUGCAUAGACAUACCCGCAACUCCCUUUCAGGCUGGGAGAGGCUCUGAUGAUAUGUGGUGACUGAGUUGGUGAUGUGUCAAAUAACAAGACUGUUGAAGGAUGUUGUUUGAAUUUUUGAAUUUGUUGUGUCUCAACGUUGGGUUAAAGGUAAUCCUCUAAAUGAAUAGAAAGGAUGCAUUCUGUUAUCUUAACUAGUUUCCACAAAUGAAACUUGGUGUCCCAAAUUGGGUAUACUUUUUUUAAAUAAAGAUUUUCAUUUUUGA